GUAGCCCGGCCGCCCUUGGCGAGUGUCAUGGCGGCGCGCAUGGGGCUACGCUGUUCGCACGUGUUGAGGAACACGCAAGCGGCAGUCGGUGGCGGAACACAUCGACGGCUGCUGCUGCUGCCUCUGCUCCACCAGCACCACCACCAUGUCCACUUCUCAACGCAGCCGCAAGCAGCAGCGACGACGAAGGGGGAGUCCGAGACGACCGCCGCAGUGGGGCCUCGCUACCCGCCCGUGCUCCCCUCGCUCACGGCCAUGAGCAAAGCGGCCGCGGCGCGGAGGCGUCAGGAGGCGCGGGCCAGGGUGAGGGACGCUCCGAGCGCCGCCGAGAAGAUCCGCAUGCUGAGCAGCGUGCAGCGCCUCAAGUACGUCGUGAGUCCGCUCACCUUCUCGCUCAACGCCGACCGCCCCUACCAGCACUUCACCAAGACCGCCUUCGUGCAGCGCCUUCCAGAGCGACUCGCGGCUCCCGUCUCGUCGUCGUUGCCGCUGGGCCGGGCCGGUGGCUUGGUGAGGGAUGCCCUUCUCCAGGAGUUCGCCUUCGUGCGCCGGCAGCGGGGCCCGCUGUACCGCGAGCGGCGGCACGUGGUGGAGGCGUUCGUGGUGAACCUGGUGUCCAGGCUGACCGCCUUGCUCGCCGGGAGCAACUCGGCUCUUGGAGAGGCCUGCAUCGACGUGAAACCGGACGUGGGGUUUUACUGGUGGCGGGGCGAGAGGAAGGUGCCACGGGGCCACCGGAGCGGCAAGAUUGAACCCAUACGUUUCCAGAUUGAAGACAAGCCCAUCAACCAGAUACGCAUGCAGCAGCAGCUGCCCGAGUUCAUUCCUAUUGAUUCAGACCUCUCAAUAGAUGGUGAAGUCCCCAGCUACACCAACGAUCCAUGCCACCUUCCUCUUUUCAAGAGGCAGUUCGAGAACAAAAUAUUCACAGGAGCAAAAAUAAACGACCCGUACCGUUACGGCCACACUCAGUUUCACGUCACGGCUGACAAGCUGAACCCUAAGAAACUGGCUGAAAAGGGCAUCGCUGACCAGGUGGAGGUGCGGCUGAGGGCUCACGCCAUCGCCAGCCUCUUUGCCUGGACAGGAGCCCAGGCGAUGUACCAAGGUUUCUGGGCGGACGAGGACUUGACGCGGCCCUUCGUCUCGCAAGCCGUCAUCACCGACGGCAUCCACUUCUCCUUCUUCUGCUACCAGCUCAACACGCUGGCGCUGGACACUCACACCGAUGGGGGAAAUGCACGGCGUAAUGUGUGCUGGGGCACGCAGAGCAUGCGCCUCUACGACGCCGUCGAGGGCUCCCAGGUGCACGGGUUCAACGAUGAGGUGGUUACGAUGCUCGUGCGCCUGCUGCUCAACCAGCCACUCAAUCCCGUGCUCAUGGCGGAGGCGGCGGAGGUGGCCACAAGCGCCGCCACCACCACCACCACCACCACACCUGUUGGUGCUGGGGAAGGCCCAACGACGAGCGGUUGAUGGAGGAAACGCCACAUCAAGUGUGGCGGGCAAAAGAUGGGCACUCUUGCCUGCGUUUAUUUAGUAGGCAUGUAACUGAUUGGGAUUUCAUUUCUGCCAGGCCUGUUUGGGUUGGUGACCCUGGAAAAUAUUUCCACAUCCAUCGCAUCCGGUAUUACUUUGGCCGUGGCUACUCGUCCACAUGCCACCUACUUCGGUGUACAAGUGACCGAGCGAAUAUUGACCGGGAAAUUAAGCCAUACAUAGAUACAUUCGGGGUGUGCAACCGAAGGGCCAUCCAUGAAUCAGAAACAGCCUGUGGUGUGGUGUCAGCAGUAGCAGUAGAUAGAACACGAACGGGCUGCCAUGAUGUCACCUUCGUGAACGUUUAUGCCCACGGGUGCCUGCGAGGAGCUCGACGUUUCGCAUUGUUUGGACCAGCGUCAAAAAAGGUUGCACACCCUUACGUUGUAUGGAAUUGGUUGACGUAAACCCCGUGGCCCCAUUCGCAACAAUGGUAAAUAAAAUUAUUCUUGAACUGGAUUUUACCCUGAAUUGACGAUUUAUUGAAUUGUAAAGCAAGCUGAAUAGUUACAUGCCUGUGUAUUUUGUAAGUGUAAACGUGUAACAUUACGGUGUUUGACUGCUAUCGCACUAUCAUAUUAAAUUGACGAGAAGACGGUG